AUGCUCAUAUUCCCAGCCGGUGAUUUUACUUCAAAUGAAGCUCAGUUAGUUUUGUUCGUGGAGAAAGACAACGGAGAAUAACGGGAACGAGCGAACGGGCUGGUUUGGGAAUUAAAUCUUACUGUCAGACAGAGGCACCAGCACUGGAAUAAAAGCCGGCGCUGAAGAUGCUUUCCACGUUCCUCGUGGACAUCCUGAUCCACCAUUAGCUCAAUCCGUGCCAACGCUGUUUUUCGUGACUCAACUCGGAAGAAGUUGGUAACCGGCCAUCCUUUUUGUUACUUCUUGCUCGUCUUCUGGCAAAGCACCCGUACCUGCUGCCGUAAGUCCAUUGACGUCAUGGCAAACAUGUGCCCGUACGGCCGCUUCACCCACGCCGUGGUGCGGGGCGUCCCAGAGACCUUUGGGAAAGCGGCGGGGGACGAUUCCGAGAAAGGGGAGACCUCGGUGGACCUGGCCAAAGCGCAGCGUCAGUUCGGCUGCCUGACGGGAGCCCUGAGACAGAAGGUGGGCCUGCAGCUGAUCGAGAUCCCCGCUGACCCCGAGCUGCCGGAGAGCUGGAGGAUCGAGGACGUGGCGGUCAUCCAGGGAGACACGGCGCUCAUCACCAGGCCCUUCAAACAGCAGAGACGCGGCGAGGUGGAGGCAGUUCGGAAGGUGGUGUCCGAGCUGAAUCUGACGGUGGUGGAGAUGGGGGACUCUGGAGGGGCCACGCUGGAGGGCUGCGACGUCCUCUUCACAGGAAGGGAGUUCUUUGUCGGCAUCUCGUCCCACACCAACCACAGAGGGGCGGAAGUACUCGCCGACACUUUCAAGGACUUUGCCGUGUCUACCGUCCCCGUCUGUGGUGGCGCCCGACUGAGAAACAUCUGCUCCAUGGGAGGUCCACAGACCAUCAUCAUCAGCAACAGUGAAGGGGCCAAGAAGACACUCCGGAUGAUGGAACAGCUGACCGAUCACCACUAUGAAGUGCUCACUGUUCCAGAGGAUUUGGCAGCAAACUGCAUCUACAUCAAAGGUCCGUCUAAACUGGACUUCCUGCUGCACCGGCCUGCAGAGGAAUGUCCAGAGAGCGUCUCUGCUUUCCAGAAGCUGCAGGACUACACCCUCCUGCCUACCGCCUGCAGCGAGGCCUCUAAACUGGGAGGGUCCCUGUCCUCGCUGUGCCUCCUCGUCAACAGAAAGCUCACUUACUUUUGACCUUCCAUUGCUAGGUUGUUCAUGGUGGGGUGAAGGGGAUCAUAAACUGACACAGCAUACAA